GCUGAACGGGGAACGGUGUGGAGGCGCAGGAGGUUCGGGGAGCAGGAGGGCUCAGCUGGGCCCAGGGGAAGUGGGCCUAGAAACGGGAAUGGACCGAGGUGGGGCCAUGAGGAACGGGGAGGUCCCAGAUGCACACAAGCUUCAGGCCACUGAGGGGUCCCCUCUGCUCCAUGUCCCUCACAGAGGUGCAGAAUGGAAGGAUGCUGAUGAUGAAGAGGAGGAAGAUGAAGGACACAGCGCACAGAGGAGGGCAAACUGCGACCGCUUCAGCUCCAGGUUCGAGCGCACGGUGGAGAGAGCAGUGCAUGAGGAAGAGGAGGGGGAGGAGGGCUCACAACAGACCCAGGACCUCUUCAGCUCCACGUUCGAACAUGUGGUGGAGAGGGCAGCGCAGGAGGAAGAGCAGGGGGAGGAAGAGGAGGGGGAGGAAGAGAAGGACAGUCCACAGCAGACCCAGGACCGCUUCAGCUCCUCGUUCGAGCGUGUGGUGGAGAGGGCAGCGCAGGAGGAAGAGCAGGGGCAGGAAGAGGAGAGGGAGGAAGAGAAGGACUGUCCACAGCAGACCCAGGACCGCUUCAGCUCCUCGUUCGAGCGUGUGGUGGAGAGGGCAGCGCAGGAGGGAGAGCAGGGGGAGGAAGAGGAGAGGGAGGAAGAGAAGGACAGUCCACAGCAGACCCAGGACCGCUUCAGCUCCUCGUUCGAGCGUGUGGUGGAGGCGGAGCUCCUGCGAGGCGGGUGCUACAGCAGCCAGGAUUCGCUGGAUGCGCUGUCACAGGCAGACGAGACACACAGCUGCGUCAGCGUCCGGGCCCCGCUCACGCCCCUCAUCCAGCAGAGGGCACUGGAGAGCCGGCAGGAGCCUGACCCGGUGGGGCUCGCCACUGUUGCCGAGCAACAGGCCGUCGCCACGGACACAGAGCCCGGGGGGGCGGGGCUAGAGUCGCCCAGGAGUGCCAGGAGGCCCCUCAGGCCGUCGCCUGGGAGACCGUGGCGGAAUUCCAUCACCAGCAGCCAAUCGGAGAACGUGCUGAAUCGCCCGCUGCCCCGAGCCUUCCAGAACGGAUUCCACUCCGACGCCCAUGGAUCCCUGGGCAGUCCCAGCUCCCUCCCUAACUCUAUCAGCGAUGCUGACCUCACGGACUCCCUGUCGGACUCGGACUCGGAGCUGGGGAGCCUGGAGCGGCUUGAGCGGGGCAGCACGGACACGCUCGCCAACGGCUGCCACGGCAACGGUGACGCCGCCAAGCGACUGGCCAAGCGCCUCUUCCACCUGGAGGGGUUCCACCGCUGCGACGUGGCCCGCCACCUGGGCAGGAAUAAUGAGUUCAGCCAGCAGGUGGCAGCAGAGUACCUGCGCUACUUCAGCUUCUCUGGCCUGCCAUUGGACAGGGCUCUGAGGGUGUUCCUGAAGGCCUUCCCCCUGACGGGCGAGACCCAGGAGAGAGAGCGUGUCCUCAUACACUUCUCCAGAAGGUUCUGCCAGUGCAACCCCGAAUCGCUUACCUCAGAAGAUGGAGUCCACACUCUAACCUGUGCCCUCAUGCUGCUGAACACGGAUCUGCAUGGACACAACGUUGGGAAAAGGAUGUCCAGUCAGCAGUUCAUCGGUAACCUGGAGGGUCUGAAUGGUGGCAGCGACUUCCCGAAAGACUUACUGAAGGCGCUGUACAGCUCCAUUAAACAGGAAAAGCUGGAGUGGGCAGUUGAGGAAGAGGAGCUGAGGAAGUCUCUGUCGGAGCCGGUGGAGGGGCAGCGGGACUCGGGCGGGAGAACAGGGAUGAUGACGCCGCGUGUCGUGGAUGGAGGAAACCCCUUCAUCGCCAUCCCGCGCACGCACGACGCCAUCACGCACAAACACGGCGUCCUCUCCCGCAAGAGCCACGCCGACAUGGACGGCAAGCGGACCCCUAGAGGGCGCCGCAGCUGGAGGAAGUUCUACGCGGUUCUGAAGGGAACCGUCCUGUACCUGCAGAAGGACGAGUAUCGCCCUGACGAGGAUGUGUCGGAGGUAGACCUGAAGAACGCAGUGCGUGUGCACCACGCCCUGGCCUCGCGGGCGAGCGACUACAGCAAGAGACCGAACGUGCUGAAACUCAAGACCUCCGACUGGAGAGUGUACCUCCUGCAGGCUCCGAGCGAGCAGGAAAUGAUGUCAUGGAUCCUGCGUGUUAACCUAGUGGCGGCGCUGUUCUCCGCCCCCGCGUUUCCUGCUGCCAUUGGUUCCAAGGUCAAGUUCUGCAGACCCCUGCUGCCGUCCACUGCCACCAGACUGAGCCCGGAGGAGCAGCUGACCUCUCAUGAGAACAAGCUGAAGGAGAUCCUGCUGGAUCUGGAGGAGACCAACAAGGAGCUGCAGGACCUCUCGUCCAGACCCAGGGAGUGUGAGGAGCUGUGGCUGAAGGCUCACUACCUCACCUUCGAGAAGAGUCGAUACGAGACGUACGUCUCUCUUCUACGCGCCAGCCUGCAGUCGGGGUUCCAGGACCUGGGGGAGCUGGAGACAGGGAGGGGGGCGGGGGGGCAGUCCAGCCCCUCCGUCAGCCAAGGUUGCCGGGGCGACGGACGGACCGAGGCCACACCCACACCGGGCCAGCGGCCCUGAGGACCCGCCCCUUUAGCCAUAGCCGCUAGCGAGGCCUAAGCGUCUCCAUGGCGACCGGUGGCUUGUGACAGAGUCGGCUACAGAAAAGAGUGCUGGGUGUAGCCUUUUUUGUGUUUUACAAUGCAUUUAAAAUGCCACGACUGGGAAAAGCAGCAUUGCCGUUCCUGUUCCCACCCUGUAGUGGGAAUGACUUGGCUCUUUCGGAAUGACACUAUUGUGAAAAAGAAAAAGACGAUGAAUCGCAGAAGCGCUUUUAUGGACUCGUACUUGGAAACUUUCACCCUUCUUUUGUAUGGCCUUGGUAGCUGCCCAGUGACUGAAGUAGUUGAGUGAUGUUGUAAUGUUUUGUUCUGUAAAAACUCCCCUUUUUUCAUGAAUUUUCCCUCAAGGAUCCCCCCCUCCCCAGUGACUGUAUCACAGCAGAACUGUUAUUUAUUUGCCUGGCACGCAGCCUCUUAUAUUUUUAUAAACUGUAUUCCCUGUUUCUACAGCCAGAGUUAUUCAGGUGAGGCACUUCGUUUCAAGGAAACGAUGACUGUUUGGGAUGGAAUCUGCCGUACGGCUGGAAGUCCCACUCUUUUGCAAUGACUUCGUACUGUUCAUUCUGCACUUUAUGUUCCAAUUUUAUAUCUGCAUUUAUAUAUUCAGAACUCAAAGUUAAUGUUUCUUUUAUUCAUCUACUGUCCUAUUUUGAGAAGACAGGCGUAUCAAGAGUACACGGUAGUACAAUCCACAUUAUUAAGGAACAGCCUUGAUGAGAUCAAUUUGAAGGGCGAAACAUUUUGUGGAAUGUUGAACACUGAGAAUCAUAAACUGUGGAAACUGACCUUCAGCUUCUAUAGCCACAGAUUUUAUAUAAUAACCAGAUAAUCAGAUGCUUUAUUCCUUCCAUUUGAUAUACUUCUUAAUGACUGGUUUUUCAUGGCAAUAGGACGUCCACGAUGCUAAUUGACAGCACAGAACAUCACAUUUCAAUGUUUCGGCUUGAAUGAGACAGAGUUGUCAGUGUUAGGAACAGUGAGUUGAAUAUCUGGUGAAUGUAAAUGAUCUGUGCUUAAAGCACCUUUCCACUGAUGGAGCAGUGCCGUGCCAUAUUAGGGAACAUAAUCAAGGUUCCCACUUCCCCUGCGAAAUAUAGAAAUGUCCAGUCAUGGAAAAUCGACAGAAUGGCCUGGAAAUAUUUGUGAGGUCCUGGAAAGUUGUAGGCCUUUUCUCAUUUUUGUUAGCCACUGAGAUCACACACCAUUACACACAAUUUUGUUCCCCUGGGUUAGCUCGUAUAAUGCACUAAUGUAAGUCAUGAAAGAUUACCUCCCAAAAAGAGUGGGAGCCCUGACAAUUUUAUCGUGGAAUGAUUGUUGGUGCCAGACAGGCAAGUUUGAGUAUCUCAGGAACUGCUGAUCUCCUGAGAUUUUCACUCACAACAGAGAAUGGUGUGAGAAACAAUAAACAUCCAGUGAGCAGCAGUUCUGCGGGCAAAAACACGUUGUUAAUGAGAGAGGUCAGAGAAGAAGGGCCAGACUGGUCGAAGCUGACAGGAAAGUGACAGUAAGGCAAAUAACCACACAUUACAACAGUGGUAUGCAGAAGGGCAUCUCUGAACACACAACGUGUCAAACCUCUUAAGUGGAUAGCAGAAUAAAAAAAUAGUUUUGCAUUGGGUUAGGACGACGUUUAAACAAAACAAACAUUAUGCAGUAGGUUGCCAAAAUUGAAAUUUGGUUAAUCAAAAUUUAUGAGCUUAUUUUCAACUCAGGAAAAAUAGAUUGUGGCAUUUCUGUUAAGGAAUCUGAUGGUGCCCUCUAAUGUAAAAUCUACUGAUGUAGAGCUGUGUCGGUGAAAGAUUACCCAUUAUCGUGCGGGACAAUUUAUAAGAAUCUGAUGUUCAACAGUUGUUAUUAAAUAGAAUAAUAUUUACAUAUGGUGGUGCUUACAAGACAAAUCAACAUGGUCAUUUUAGUUUUUAUAGUUUUUUUUACCGUAUCCUUGUAGGCCUAGUCUUGUGUUUAAAACUUGAAAACUAGGUCAGGCACACAGAUCCUGACUGAAGUUUGAAUACUCACAAUACGACUCAUUGUUAACAUUGUUCCAUUUGGGUCCCUUUGUUGUUGGAUAUUCCAGUCGGCCUAUUGAAAACGACAGCUGGCCUUUGAACUUCGAACAGUUAAAGGCGAAUACAUUUAACACAUUCACAUAUCAAGCUAUGCCCGCUUAAAUUCCACUGCGGUGCAGAACCGACUCGGAUUGGACACGGAAGGCACUUCAUUGCUGAAUUACGUGGUUGCUCGCUCAACAAUGUAGCCUACCCUCUCCGGUAUUGAAUGCAUGGAUGCAAGACCCUGUCUAGAGUAGAGCCACAUGUAAGGCCCAGUGUUUACAUUCGGGUGGAGUAAGAACCUGCUGAAGUAUAAUUUAACCGAGGCAAACGUCAAAGGGAUACAUUUUGUUUUACGGGAGUUCCCACGUUUACAAGAGUUUAAAUGUUUUCUUCAGAACCCUGGACAGUUCCAAGUAUUUACAUAAUCUGCCAAGAAUAAGUCCAUUGGGAAUGGAUGAGACAAAAUCAGAGCUUGGUGUUAUUCUGUUCUGUUUUAGUUUGACUAUAUUGAAAUUAAAUAUUCUAUUUAAA